CGUAACUAUUUUCCAUUUGUUGCACUCAAACCAUUUUUCUUUUACUUUGAAAAACCCAAAAAUAUUUACAUCCUCUGAAAGAUUGGAUUCUUUUUUCAUUUGUUGAAAUUUGAUUUCUAUUCUGUUGCGUAAAUUAUUUUUUCUCCCUUCGCAAAAUCACCAACACCAAUGCUGUGCUUGAGCGUGGAAACUUCCAGACCUCUCGACCCGCACGCCUCCACCUCUCGCGAGUCACGACUCGAGCUACCGGACGGGGGUCCCGACGGCGCCGCCGGACGACGCCACCCCUCCAGCCCGACGCCCUCCGUUGCCCCACCUGAGCGAGGAUAAUAUGUUGUUUACACACGAGACAAGUGCUGACCAGUUUGACCCUUUUUCUUAUGGUAACCUGAGGGGACUAGAGGCUGACAGCCAACAUUCAUCAUUUACUGAAAUUAAUUCAAGAGAUGCUAUUUCAAAUUCGUGUGUUUCAGAUAUUGGAAAGGAGAAUGUGGUUGGCAGUUCUGAGGAAUCCAGUUUUGAAAACACUGGCUUUAAUUCUUCAGUUUCUCCUGAGAACUACAGCUUCUCCUGGCUGCCGCUCCCAGGCAACAAUUAUCAGCCUGCCACACUUGAUCAUGACAAGCGACCUCUUUCUGAUGUCAAGCAAUGCCAAGUUGCUUGCAAACGUUCAAAGCAAACCGACCAUAAUACCUUAUUAUGUUCCUUUGAGGAGCGCCCUUUCAGCAGUGGUGUUGAAACAUCUUCUUCAGCUUUAUCUGAUGAAUUUGUUGAGACCAGAGAGCCGGAUCACAUUCCUGCAAAUGAUGGUACCACAACCUGCAGUGUUAGUUCAGGCAUCCCAUGCCCUACUCGUGAGCAAGCAUUUGGAGUGGAAAGCUUGUACUUACCUGAUUGGGUAACUUCUUUCCCUGGUUAUUUUGAAGAUUGUGGGCUAGUUGAUGUAGAUAACCAUGUUGAUGAUAUUGAUUUGCCUGUUCAUGAGUACCUCCCUAGAAAGUGUGUGCCAAUUGGACCUGACAACCAGGUUGGCAUUCCAGAAUGGAGGCCCCGAGUUUCUGUGAAUGUACCUGGUGCUUCGGGGUCUUGUGCUGAUCUGGCAUAUGGUUCUGCUUCCACUUCAGAAUCUGUUCCCGGAGAUGAUGAUAGAGAGAGUGACAAGUGGAUCAGACACUGUGUCAUUCCCAUGCCUUCCUGCUCAUGUGCUGUUGAUUGGGCUGGAGACAACAAAAUAGAUUGUGGCUGCAGUGAUGAAGGUUCUGUUAGGUGUGCUAGACAGCAUAUUAUGGAAACGAGAAAAAGCCUUGAAUUAGGCUUGGGACAGGACAAGUUUCGUGAGUUAGGCCUCUGUGAAAUGGGAGAGGAUGUUGCUCAGAGAUGGACCGAUGAGGACGAGAAGCUAUUCCAAGGAGUUGUUUUCUCUAAUCCUGUUUCGUUGGGCAAGAACUUUUGGGAUCACCUCCCACAUGCCUUUCCUGGUAAAAGUAGCAAGGAGCUUAUUAGCUACUACUUUAAUGUCUUCAUGCUUCGGAAGAGGGCCCAGCAGAACAGGUCGGACAACAUGCGUGUUGACAGUGAUGAUGAAUUGCCUGGUGAGCCUCCAGUGGAUGAACAGAAGGAAGAGGAUCCUGCAGUGAAGUGCCCUAAACGUGAGCAUUUCAUCAACAAUUCUAUGUCCAUAGAGGAUGUCCACGAAGAAUCUGAAGGAAAACAGUUCGAUGGAUCUUCUUUCCACGGUUAGGUAAUAGUAAUAGAUAAUGUAUGUGGGAGCAGAUAUCAACCAAGCAACCAAACCAGAUGCCUCUGGACUCAAAUCCGGAGAAUCUUGCAGAAGAUGUUCACAUUUAAGAUGAGUCAUGCACAUUAUUGGAGGGCCAACAUAAUGGAGCUCACGGCCGUAACAGAGUUUAGUGUGCUGAGUAUCACAUAGUACAGCUGAAUGAUGACUCGAACAACCUUGAGGACCGAGGUUUGUAUGAUUAGGCUCUUUGGCAGACAAUAUGACUAAGAGUUACCGUUUUCUCCAAUGGAUAUUAUAUUGGACUAUACAAUGCUUGCGGGGCAAGUUCUUGUGGGGAAAGAAAAGCACAGCAAUCUAAUGAAUGUCCGAGACAUCUGCUGAAGUUUGAAUCUGAGAUCUUUACUAUUUUUGCAAAAGUUUUGAAGUGUGAGAAGACUAUACAACUUAUACUUCAGAACGGUACUUGACUGGAAUUCCUUACUAGGAUGAUUUGUCACGUCCCAUGGCUGUACAUCCAUCCGGUGAUGACGAUCUCUAAAAGCCUCAUGGAGCUGUACAUUUUGAGCCAAAUUGAGCUUCCAUGGGGGUCUUGAAUAUCCCCCCCCCCCCCCAAUUCGUUGUGCCGUCAUGGUGUUGUAAAAGCCCCCAGUUCGCGUACAGAACUUCUGCUAAGACGGAUGUCCUAUAUUGGUCAUGUCCAGAUACUGGAUUUUUUUUUAUUGAAACUAAGAAACUGGAAUUGAAGUUGCAGAUUCUCCGUAA